AUGAUGCCCGUGAGAGUGACGGAUGUCCAAGCCAGGAGCGUGCUGCCUGGAUCUUUGGCUCUUUUCCUCGUCGUCCUGCUGCUUCUGUUCUCCUCCUGCAACCUCAGCAGCGCACACAGCACCACAGUGGAGCAUGACUUCCAUAUUGUGCACAACAUGGACAACAGAAGUCCAGAGAUAGACCCCUUUUGGUACGUGGGCCGCGGCGUGAGACCCAUCGGGCGCUUCGGGAAGCGACAUAGCCGGGUUGAGGCAAUGGGUGAUGUGGGGAUGCAGCCUGUUGUCACAAUGCUGGAGCUGCUUUUCAACAGUCUGCAGAACAAGGAGAACCUGGACAAGGUGCUGAAUGGAGAGGAUGGGGACUGGUUACCAUGA